AUGACCGAUUCGCAACAACCACAGGAAGCUACCUCUGCAACGCUCAACGGAGGCGGAGGGAAAGGAGGCGGAGGGAAAGGAGGCAGUGCUGCCCCACCAGAGCUGAAUCUGGAACGAAAAGCAAGGAAAGAAGCGCAAAAAGCACUAAAAGCUCAACAAGCGGCUCUUAAAUCCUCCUCUUGCUCCUCUUGUUGCGCACCCAAACCAUCCUCAUCAAAAAGUAGCGACAAGUCAGGCGGAAAGGGUCAAUCUCCAAGCGAACAACUCUCUCGAGCACUAGCAUACAUCUUACGCCAUGGAGCCGAAAAAGAAGGCCUAACCAUUCGCCCUGAUGGAUAUAUUUCCCUGCGAGACCUAUUGGAUCGACCACGAGUAAAGAGUGUCAACAUGGCCUCCGAAGAGGGAAGCGGCGGCGGGAAGAGAAAACCAGAGCUAGAAGACGUUCAAGCAGUGGUAGAAAGCAACGAUAAGAAAAGGUUCGAGUUGGCGCAAGAGGGCCAAGAAUGGUUGGUUAGGGCUGUUCAAGGACACUCGCUAAAAUCUGUCUCGGAACUCAGUAACACUGCGGUUACUCUUUCGAACUACCGAUCUAUCCUGUCUACUACCACUGGCGAUGAGGAUCAAGAGCUCCUCUCAGAGCUGGAUGCAAAGCUAAACAUUACCCAAGACGAGCGGCAAAGAGUCGAGCUUAUCCACGGAACCAAUGCGGCGGCAUGGGAAGAAAUCCUCGCUUCGGGCGGACUGAAAGUGAUGAGACGAAACCAUAUCCAUCUAGCAAAAGGAAAGUUUGGCGAAAAGGGAGUGAUAUCCGGUAUGAGGAAGAAUGCAAGUCGGUUGGUUUUUGUCGAUGUCAAGAAGGCCUUGGAGGAUGGGGUUCAGUUUGAGGUCAGUAGAAACGGGGUAGUGCUGACCGCGGGCAAAGAGGGGGUUUUGGGCAACCAGUAUUUUAUCAGGGUGGAGGAUGGCAAGGGGAAUCUUGUUUGGCAGCCGUAG